AUGCGGCUCCGCUACCACCUCGCCGGGCCGCUAUUGGCGUGGUGCAUUAGUAUCGCUCAUGCGGCGUCCAUCAGCCUGAAUGGCCUGCAAACACGAACGACAACUACGGCAGACUUCGCAUCUUUUGGCCAACAAAUUGGUCUGCCCAAGUCAACAAUCCAGACUUUGGGAGAAAAGAUCGCCCAAGUCUCGAACCCUGUCGAAGCUUUGGCGGCCGCCUGCCAGACUGCACGGGAAUCUCUUGGAGAAGCACAAGUACAAUCGGCACCUGUGGACCAAACAAUCGUUGAAGUAAACUGGUCCGAAACAUGCUUUGCCUUCCCGUCCUGCGCGAUCCAGCCUAGAAAUGCGAUAGAUGUGUCAACCUCGAUACAAAUUAUAGACUUUUUCCAGGUUAAGUUCUCCGUCAGAAGCGGAGGUCACUCCCCUAAUCCAGGAUGGUCUAGCAUUGGGAGCGGCGGCAUCCUGUUGGACCUCCAACGCCUAAAUUCCGUUACUGUCUCGGAUGAUCGCAAAGUGGCCAGUCUCGGCCCUGAAGGGCGCUGGAACAAUGCGAUGACGGUGCUUAAUGCCAAUGGAGUCUCCGUCCAGGGAGGACGACUCGGAGAAGUCGGUGUUGGGGGACUGCUCCUCGGCGGCGGUUAUUUCUACACUUCAGGACAAUUUGGUCUUGCUGUAGAUAACGCUAAGAACUUCGAGGUUGUUUUGUCAAACGGAACCAUUGUCAACGCUUGCUCGAGUCAGAACGCUGACCUCUUUUGGGCGUUAAAGGGCGGCAGGCCUAACUUUGGCAUUGUUACUCGCUUCGAUCUCUACACUAUACCAGUAUUGGAGAUCUGGGGAACGGUGCAAAUAUACCCCGCUGACAUGGCACUCAAGCUCAUAGAGGCCUUUGACGAGUGGCAGCUGAAUGGGGCAUCGGACAUCAAAUCCAGCGUGGCUUUCGCUAUUGGCCUAGAUUUCAUUACUCUCGGCUUGAUUUACUCCGAGGCCACAACUUCACCUCCUGCCUUCGCUCCUUUCCAAAAUCUUAAACCCCUUCAAGUCGUCGUUCCUCCCAUGAACACCACGUUCUCUAGUGUGUACAAUAUCCUAGGUACAUCUACUUCCAACACCACUGCCCGUCAUGAUUACAGAGGUGCCAGCUCCCGCAUCAAUACCAGAUUCACCAAGGAAAUGUACACAUUCUGGAAGGAAAAUGCGGUGGCUUUGCACAAUAAGACUGGAGCCAACCAGACCUUCGCUAUGCAACACAUCAGUGCAAACCUGAUACAGCAAGGGAUCAACAAGGGUGGCAAUGCCUUGGGCAUUGAAGCAGAAGCCCAACAAUGGUGGACAACCCUGAUCGACUGGGAAAAUGAAGCAGACGACGACCUUGUGCGCUCGGUUUCUAUCAAUUUCACUGAGAAAUGGAAGAAUCGUGGACAAGAGCUCGGUAUGUAUCUGCCUUUUGAGUAUAUGAAUGACGCUUCACGAGACCAGAACCCACUCGGCUCGUAUGGUUCUAAGAACUUGGCAAGUCUAGCCAGAGUCUCUCGGAAGUAUGACGUAGAGCAGGUCUUUCAAACCUAG